UAUAAAGAAAAUAAUAAAAGGAAAAGAAAAAUGCCUGAAGAAGUAGGAAGCACAAUGGCAGAGAUGGCGAGGCAGUUGUGGACUUUGACCCUAAGCGAAACAGCAUCGGAUUCCACGCUGACGUCUAUGCAGAUUUUCGGACUCGGAGCACUUGUGUUGUUUAUGUUCCUGAUUGCUACGCUGGUUAGGUCUAACAGCCUUGUUGGUUUGGCGGUUAGAAAGUCUAUUCUCGGCGACGCGGUGGUCAGACUCGGAGAUAAUCUCAAUGACGUCACAAGAAGAAUCACGAACGGCAUCGCCAAAGCGACGGCGAGAUACGACAGCGACCGAAAGAAGCGGGGCAUAAACUACAGGACAGCAAGACGAUAAAGGUGAAAAUCCUGGUUUCCUUCUGUGGAUAAUAACCCUUAUAAUACCUCCCGUUCAUGGACAGAUUCGAAAUGGUUUGUUAUUUUUGUUUGUUUUUUUGCCUUUUUCUGUUAUCUUAUUGUGAAGGUUGGUGUACAGUUUAACCAUUUGCUUUGUUUUGU